AUGGCCAUCGCCCACUCCGGCAUCAAAGCCCCCGCCGCGCAGCACGCGGCCGUGGUCCGCUGGUUCGAAGCCGCGCUGGCGCCCCUCGGCUACACCCGGGCGAUGGAGUUUCUCGACGGCCUGGUCGUCGGCUUCGCCGAUUCCGCCGGCAACAUCGACUGGUGGGUUACGUCGACGGCGGCCGCGCCGCCCGGCGUGCCCGCGCCGGAGUCGGCGGCUGCCGCCGCCGCCGUGCUGCCGACGCAUACCGCGUUUGUUGCCAAGGAUCGCGCGUCUGUCGAUGCCUUCCACAAGGCGGCGGUUGCGGCCGGCGGCAAGUGCAAUGGUGUGCCGGGCGUGAGACCGCACUCGGGGCCGACAUACUACGCCGCGUUUGUGCUGGAUCCGGCGGGGAACAACAUUGAGGCGGUGUGCACUGCGGCAGUGUAA